GUCGGAGCGAGCGCCAGCGAGGACACCCCCACCCCCGCCCGCACUUGCUGCGGCCGCUCCCACCCGCGAUCACAGCCUGCAAACUCGGAAACGCCACCCGCCAGCUUCGCAGCGCCGCGUGCAAGGGCUGCGCCGACCCCCGGGAGCGAUUCCGAACUUGAAGGGGACCGCGGCUCUCCCGGCCUGGAGAGUGCGAACAGGAUUUCAGAUUUACAAUGAUAUGGUAAAUCCAAAGGCUGGAACCAAAGGUUUUCUCAGCUCUUUAGUUUGAACAACAGUGAACUUUCUACCCAACACUCAGAAUGGCUAAAAGUGCAGAGGUCAAACUGGCGAUAUUUGGGAGAGCAGGUGUGGGCAAGUCAGAUUUUAAAAGGAGCAUGCCUUGUGUGGAUGGCAACAUGAAGAGGGAGAACCAGACCAGGUGGUUGAACCUAAGGGCAAUCUGUGCGCAACUUCUGUGCUCUGCUGAUUGCAAAGCUCUUAUAGUGAGAUUUCUGACCAGACGGUUCAUCUGGGAAUAUGACCCCACACUUGAAUCAACCUACCGACACCAAGCAAACAUUGAUGAUGAAGUUGUUACCAUGGAGAUACUAGACACUGCUGGCCAGGAAGACACCAUACAGAGAGAAGGACACAUGCGAUGGGGGGAAGGUUUUGUGCUGGUCUAUGACAUUACUGACCGAGGGAGUUUUGAGGAAGUUCUACCACUUAAGAACAUCCUAGAUGAGAUCAAAAAGCCCAAGAAUGUGACUCUCAUCUUGGUUGGAAAUAAAGCUGACUUGGACCACUCCAGACAGGUUAGUACAGAAGAAGGGGAGAAGCUGGCCUCAGAGUUGGCAUGUGCUUUUUAUGAGUGUUCUGCCUGCACUGGAGAAGGGAACAUCACAGAGAUAUUCUAUGAGCUCUGCCGGGAAGUGCGUCGGAGGAGGAUGGUCCAGGGCAAGACAAGGCGACGCAGCUCCACCACACAUGUCAAGCAAGCCAUUAACAAGAUGCUCACCAAAAUCAGUAGUUAGGCAGCUCAGUGCUGGGGGAGACCCUGCUAAGAUGGGUCAGGUUAUUGGAAACACUCGCUUGUCCUCCCACUUUGCUCUCCCCCCCACAAAAGAAAAACCCCACUCCUUGUCCUCUAGAAAAUAUCUCUGCUUCCCAUUAUCCCCUGCUUCCCACAUGUUGAAAAGACAUAGAGUGUAUUAUGCAAUGUCAAUGCUGCCAAUUUCUCCCAUUCCGGCUUGAAUAUGCUUUAAUCAAUUUAAAGUUGUAAUUGCCAGAGAUUCUGAAAUGGCUGGGUUCAUAUUAAGCUAUUAUUAGGCACCUUCACGUUGCUUCAAUAGAGUGAAGUCUUUUCAAAGGCAUUUUUGAAUCCCAUUCCUUGCCAAACUACAUAUGAUCUUCUUCAAAGUAUAAGAUAAUGGAAAAUAAAACACACACACACACACAGGAGGGUCGCUGAGCUAGUGGAGCAGGGAAUAAAGCUCUAUAAGGCUCCUAUUUGAAGCAAGGAUUUUCUGAAUUAUCUUAAAUCAUUGAGUUUUUCUUUAACCUUUAUUUUGUUCUUAAAUUCAAACAUGUUCUCACAAGGUUUCCUAUGGUAAUAGAACAUUCCAUUUCAAUUUGCAUUGGUUCUCUUGAUGAUGUAUUGAUCUUUACACUGUCAUUCUUCUUAGGCUCAAGCAAGAUUUAAUUAUAAUAGAGGUAGCAGAGCUCAUCAAUCCCAAUAGGAAUUUCUCAGCAAGCCUGGGGUGACGUGAAGACAUUAAGAAUGCUUUCACCAAAUCCUAUUUUACUGAAUGUUAAUAGGAGACUUAGAAUUAGAAAUUCGCAAGUCAUUUCUCUCUCUGCUUAACAACCUAGAAGACAAACAGUCCCCAAAACAGGAAAACAAAGAACAAAGCUUAAUGACCCACUCACUGUGGAGCCAAGGCUUUGUUAUAUGCCAAGCACAGUAAGACAAACUUAGACUCUAACUCAUUAAGUUGACCACAGGUCCUUUUUUAAUGUUCUGCAUAGACUAAUUCACUUAAGCAAAUUCAGAAAAGAGUGGGUGAUUUAACUUCACUGUACCUGAAUAACUAUGUAUGAAGCAGAUUCUUAUAUUGUCAAAGAACAGUCUAACUGAUAAAACCCUGCGAUUCUUUUUUUCCCUAUUAUGCCCCCCACAUAUCAAGAUUUAGGCACUUUAUUUUAGAAGAAAAUAUAUAUCUUUUACAUAUGUGUGUAUUUAUAAAUGAUAGAUAUAUGUAUAAAAAUUUGUAAGAGUUGGAUGCUUUAAUUCACCAAUGCAUUUGAACAACUUGGUGUAGU